GGCAUCCAUCGUCGUGGGUUCGAAAAGCUCUAAACGCCAAAAAAAUAAAAUCGGUGCAGCGGCGAUGCCGAGGAAGAGUAAAGCAAAGAAGAAGGAAGAGAUUUGCGAGGAGGUUUGCUUCUAUUGCAAAGACGGAGGACUCCUCUUGGUCUGCGACUACAAGGGUUGUCUUAAAGCUUAUCAUCCUGAAUGUGCGGGAAAAGAUGACUCUUUUGUGGAGACUGCACGGCGCUGGAACUGCAAAUGGCAUUCUUGCUUCAUGUGCCAUAAGGCUGCAAAGUUUCAAUGCUUUUGCUGCCCACAAGCUGUAUGCGGACGCUGCCUCUGUGACUCUGAGUUUGCGGUUAUUAAAGUGGAUAGAGGAUUUUGCAAUCAUUGCUUGAAGCUUGCUGUACUCAUAGAAGAAAACUUGGAUGCUGAUUCUGACGGGGGCAGAGUUGACUUCAAAGAUAUAAACACAUUCGAGUACUUAUUUAAGGAGUAUUGGCAGGUAAUGAAAAAGAAAGAACGCUUGUCUGCAGAACAUGUCUACUCUGCGAAAAAGUUAUUAAAGAAGGGAAAGAACUACGUGCGUGACUUUGAUUCGAGUAUAAUUUAUAAGAAAGAAGAAAAAUUUUCAGAAUCCGAUGAAGAAAGUGACCUUCAGGUGUCUGAUUAUGAUGGAGUGGAAAGUGGAGAAGAAUACAUGCCAGUUGCCAAAAAGAAGAGAUCCAAGGGAAAACAGUGUGCAGUGAAAAGAAAAGUAGAAGCAGAGAAACGAGAAUUUAUGGGAUGGGGAUCAAAGUCUCUCCUAGAAUUCCUUACUUCUAUGGGUAAAGAUACAUCCAAGGAGUUGUCACAGUAUGAAGUCACCUCUGUGGUUACAGACUAUUGUAAAGAAAACAAGCUUUUUGACCCAGAAAAGAAGAAGAAAGUAAUUUGCGAUGCAACCUUGCAGUCUCUUUUAGGGAGGAAAACAUUGAGUAAAAAUAGUAUAUAUAACCUUCUGACUUCCCAUUUUGCUGACAAUAUGGAAGAGUCAACGGAAGGGGAUGAGAGUGGAAGUAGUUCAGAAGACAAAGAUGAGAGUUUUAUGGGUACCUGUAAAAGGCAGAUCAAGUUGAGCCCUAAAGUACCAGAUGUGCAGAAAAGCUGUUUUGCUUCCAUAGUUCCUGAAAACAUCAAGCUUGUGUACCUGAAGAGGAGCUUAGUGGAGGAAUUGUUAAAGCAACCUGAGACUUUUGGUGAGAAAGUAACAGGAUGUUUUGUGAGAGUCAAAUCUGACCCAAAUGAUUAUUCACAGAAAAAUUCUCACCAGCUCUUGCAAAUUAAAGGUAUACAGGAAAUUUUGAGGAAUGGCAGAGAGGAUGCAGAAAUACUUUUGCAAUUUUUCAAUAAUUUUAAAGAUUUACCUGUUUCCAAGCUGUCAGAUGAUGACUUCUGUAAGGAAGAAUGUGAAGAUUUGCAUCAGAGAGUGAAAGAUGGCCUCCUUAAAAAGCCAACUAUUGUGGAGCUUGAACAGAAGGCUAGAAGUCUACAUGAGAAUAUAACAAAGCACUGGCUUGCAAGAGAACUGACUCUGUUGCAGAAGCGCAUUGACCUGGCAAAUGAAAAAGGAUGGAGGAGAGAGCUUGAUGCGUACAUGAAUAAGAAGCUGCUACUUGAAACACCAUCAGAACAAUCACGGCUGUUAAAUGAGGUUCCGGAAGUAAUUGCAGCCAUAGAAAAAUGUGAUCCUGUUCUUGAGUACUCCAGAAGCCAGGAUAAACAAGGAAAUGAUGGCUCUUCCGAAUCUGCCCCCAGAGAAUCUCCUCAAACUCCCGGCACUGCUCUAGCCAAUGAAACCUCAUGGCGUGCAAAUGGCAGAACAGAUCCUGCAGGUUCACAGCUAGACCAGGAGAGAGACCUGGAGGGUGCAGCAGCUAAACGUAAGAGAAAGCAGGCUUCAUCAAACUUUGAACAGAACUUUAGUAUAGAUGGUUCAAAUGGUGACCAUGAGAGAGACCUGGAAGAUGCAAAGGAUAGAUCUAAGAGAAAGAAGGUUCCUACAAUUCAUGACUGCAAGCAGUCUCCUUGCAUUCCAUCUGGUCAGGCAGCAGAACUAGUGGAACCUAAAGUAGCUCGACUAGAAAGGAUGAACUGUGAAAGCACAUCUGAAGGUAAGGUAAUUGAGUUGAGCGAUGACGAUGAAGAUGUAAUGGUUUCAGUUACAACACCUGCACUUGAAGUCCCAGGUUCUGAUUUAUGGUAUUGUAUGAGUCCACUUGGUGAAAUGAGGGGCCCCUAUAAAUUGUCAUUGCUAAAGCUAUGGCGCGUCUCGAGUGGCAAUGAAUUAAGAUACAAGGUUUGGAGAGUGGGUCAGAGCAAAGACGAGGCAAUCUUUCUCAAUGAUGCCAUUCAUGGAAAUUUUCCACCAUGUAGAAAUGCUUCCAAAUUGUAGACCGGUACUUGACUUGCUGUUGACAGUAAUUUUAUGAAGAGAGAAAAAAGAAAAAAAAAAAAAAAAACUAUUAUAAAUGAAAGUUACAUGAUUUAGUUUACAUGUUAUGUUAGAGGCGUAUUCCUCAUACAAACGGGGGAUGCCAAAAAUUAGAUUUGGUGAGAUUUCCAUUGUCGGUUGCAAGUCCGGCGUAAGUUUUGUAAUCAAUCAGGUACUUGUGUAAACAGCAAUUUGAUAGCCCAGUGUUGCAAUUUGGGUAUCUGUCUACAA